AUGGCGGUAAUGGUACAAACAAACAAUACUGCAACGAAACGAAGGAAAUUCUCCAUAGAAAAUAGUUCUGAUGGUUUCAAUACCGGAUCCCUCAACUGGUUACUCCACGCGCGGUACGUCAGAGGAGAGCACUCAUUGUGCCUUGACCUCGCCGAUGAUCUGCAGAAAAAACACGAUAAUAAACAUAGAUAUGCUCAUUACAUAAAGGGGGCUGUCUUGGCAGACGCUGGUAGAUUGCAAGAAGCUCUGGAAAGAUAUCACAGUUGUCUAAGACUUCAACCUCAAGACCCAGAACCUUUGAAACAAGUCGCCAAAUGUUUAUCACGACAGCAUCGUUUUCAAUUAUCACAUGAAGCCUAUUUAGAAGCUGAUAAGCUGACGAAACAUCCUGAUCCCGAUAUUUAUUGCGCAUUAGCGGAAUGUUCGUGGAACUUGGGCGAGCUAGGAAGAGGAGUGGAGUGGGCACGAUCUGCUGUGCAAGCAGGGGGUGGGGAAAGAGCGGCCGCACUGCUAGCAAAAAUACUUCUAGCUUGUGAUGAUAUACCCGGCGCAUUGUCAGCUUACGACCAAGCUUUAACUAUGCACGCAUGUGGUGCGGAUACGUUAGCAGCCGCUGGUGCUUUACGCCUCCGAGCGGGUGAUCCUCGACGCGCCUUCCAGUUGCUCGGUGCAGCUUUGGCUCAGCAGCCCACUCAGCAUGCAGCAGCCCUGGCUUUGGCGGCCAUGAUGCUACAGCACAAAGAUGUUGAUGCUGCCCUAGCGAGACUCAAAGGUGCUUUAACUGCUCAUCCUACGUGCGUGGCUGCUCACGCCAAUCUCGGAAUGGCUUUGUUAGCCAAAAAGAAGUAUAUUGCUGCUUUGACUUGCCUGCAGCGUGCUUCAUGGGCUGCGCCGUUGAGCGCCCGUGCCGCGCAUGACCUCGGAGUAGCACUCCUCGUAUGUAAGAGACCAGCUUCAGCAUUUUGCAGGCUCGCCACAGCUGCAGCGUUGCAGCCUUUUCAACCAUAUACGGUACUGCUAAUAGGCAUAGCUCUAGAACGUCUAGGAGACAGUCGGGCUGAUGCAGCGUAUUCAAGGGCGGUGGCGCUGGCGAAUGACGAUCCUCUCAUUCGCCUCAAUAUAGCUGGCAGACACGCCAGAGCUGGAAGACUGACUGAAGCUGUAGAGGAAGCUGAAGUCACUGCUGAAUUGCUGCAGAGAGAGGAAAGGCCAGAUGCUCAGCUAGCAAGUUCUUUGGCUACUCUACUUGAGUUACUUCGCGAAGCUGGAGCUGAACUAACUCGCCCACAAGCUUCUGUACCUCAAGCUGAAGUGGAAGUUGCAGCUUCAGAUCAAAUUGAUGACGACCAGUUUGCACCCGAUGAAGUCUAAAGUUUUCGAUCGAAACAAAAGAACGAACAGCGAGUCUGGUCGUGCUACCACCUCUAGUUUUAGGAUACGAUGAACUAUACAAAGAUUUGAAGGACGAAAAAAACGCUACGAAAUCUAAGACACUACGUUCAUCGCCUGACUUCAUAGACACGAAAGGCCGACGUACAUUUGACAGUAAUAUAAAUCUAGGAAGCCUUUUCAAGGAACCAAGUUCUGGGAACGUGGAAAAACAAUCAACGGCUGAAAAUAUCCAAGAUGAUAUCAAUUUGAGCGAGUUUCAAACCGUAACGUGAGGCGUCAAAUGUGUAUCGUAGACUGUAAAAUAAGAAAAUUAAAGAACUAACCAUCUAAA